AGCAGACGUACGCGCAGUCGCAUUUCUCUACCAUAUGAUAUCUCUCUUCCACCACUUGCAUUCCUCUCGCUUCUCCGACUCCGUCUCAAUCAUCCCCGCUUCGAUCUCGUCUCUCGGCUCUUUCCCUCUCCUCUUCCCCCGUGUGUUCAAUUGCAGACAUGGAUGGUGGUGCAGGUCCAAGUUUGUUUCCACUGCACCGAUGCAAAACUCUCCAUCUGGACAUUCAAGUUUGCCUUCUUUCUUGGCUUUUGUUCGCAACUUAAGGCCUUGUGGUCUUUUAAAACCAUACAUCCAGGUGAGGCACGGACAAGGAAUCCACAAUGUAGACGGAGAUAAGAAUUACAAAGCAUACUUGUCUCCUGACUACUUUGAUGCACACCUAACUCCACUAGGCUGGCAGCAGGUUGAUAAUUUGCGAAAGCAUGUUCAUGCAUCUGGGUUAUCCAAGACGAUUGAUUUAGUCAUUACAUCCCCAUUGCUAAGGACUAUACAAACUGCUGUUGGAGUAUUUGGUGGUGAGGGUUAUGCAGAUAGGGCAGAUGUACUGCCUCUAAUGGUGGCGAAUGCGGGAAAUAGUGGCCGUGCUGCAAUCUCAAGUCUUAAUUGCCCACCAAUCAUAGCAGUAGAGCAUUGUCGAGAACAUUUGGGAGUUCACCCUUGUGAUAAAAGGAGAAACAUCAGUGACUAUCAGUUCCUUUUCCCUGCAAUUGAUUUUUCUCUGAUAGAAAAUGACGAAGAUGUAUUAUGGAAGGCCGAUAUUAGAGAGACAAAGGAAGAAGUUGCAGCUAGGGGAUUGAAGUUUAUGAACUGGUUGUGGACAAGGAAAGAGAAGGAGAUAGCAAUUGUUACCCACAGUGGAUUCUUGUUUCAUACGCUAACUUUGUUUGGAAAUGACUGUCACCCUUUGGUGAAAAAAGAAAUAUGCAAACACUUUGCGAAUUGUGAGCUUCGUUCUAUGGUCAUUGUUGAUAGAAGUAUGGCAGGUUCAGAUGACUCGCCAACUAAUUAUCCAGGAAAGAUACCUUCUGGGCUUGAUCUCCCAAGUGAUGUUGCGGUCGAGAAGAAAUUGGAGAAAGAAGAGCCAGAUUCUGGAUUUACGUAGUAAAAGAAGUGCCACAAGUUUUAAGUGGUGAGCGAAGAACAAGAAGUUCCAUGAUAUGAUCAAAAAAAAAAAAAAAAAAGCAUUCUUCCAAGCUCUGGUUUCGUACUAGACAUUCCAACAUGUUCUGCUGGUAUCUUUAGUACUUAUAUUCAAAUAGUGGAGUUUGAAUCUGAUUAA